CUGUGUUAGCGUUCAGUUCGUUUUGCGCGUGAGAAAAGAUCACUCGUGGAGAUCAAUUUCAAUUGCUGGGUGACGGAAUCCACUGAACAAACAUUUGUUGAUCGCUUUGUCCAAAAGUUUUACCGGAGGAGACUGGUGCAACCAGUCGAACUAUUGUUGUGCACCGAUAUCGAUAUCGGAGGUGAUCAUGAAGCUGCUCCUCGUGUUAAGCGCUUGUCUUGCCUUUGCGGUCGCUCAAGCCCCUAGCAAGUCCGGGUUCCGAAGAUCUCAAGGAAUAACGACUCCAGCACCAAACCCCUAUGAGUUCAGGGACGAUCGGGAUUGUGAUCGGGAGACCACCAAAGACGAUCCCUUUGCAUGUUUGUGCAGUCAACUUAAGCUUAAGCCAGAAUCGUGCCAGCAAGAGCUUCAAGCUAUGUUGGACAGUCAGCCAAACUUAAAACUAUGUAUGGAUAACCCUAACUAUUACCUUGGUAAAAACCAAAAGUGCCACUACGAAAACGUGUACGAGUCCUCGGCUGACCCCGCCGGUAAAGCUAUGCAAUUUGCUUUGAACCUAUUCCGGACAGCUGAUCCUAAGAAUCCAGAGGAAAACUUCAUCAUAAGUCCACUGUCCCCUCAAGUCCUGCUGGCCCAGCUGACCGAAGGAUGUUCCGAGGAGGCAAAAAUGGAAAUGGUCAAAGGUCUGCUGUUGAACAGCAAUGAAGCAGCAUCUCUAGUGAAUGCUCUGCAUGACGCAGCCAACAAGGACUCCAGUGCCAACAAGCUCGAUAUUGCUUCGGUCUUUUUCAAAUCGGAGAGCGUAACCCUGAUGCCGGAAUUCCGCCGCGGAGCCAAGAUGAAUAAAAUUCCAAUGCAGGACAUCGACUUUUCCAAUACGUUCGAAGCAGCACGCACGGUGAACGAGUGGGCUAACAUGAAAACUCGGGGGAACAUCCCCCAAGUUAUUACGGAACAGAACCUGUCUCCGGAUAUGGCGAUGAUGUUGCUGAAUGCAAUCUAUUUCAAGGGUACAUGGCAGUAUAAAUUCAACCAAUCGGAAACGGACAGACGAGCCACAUUCCAAAAAGCCAAUAACAAGAGAAUGUCCGUCCACAUGAUGUCCCAGACAAACAGGCUUCGGUUCGGUGAGAUCAACUAUGGCAUGUACUCCGAUGACGAAGGCUUACGCUGGGUUGAACUGCCAUACGAUGGUGACCAGUUGUCGAUGAUUUUCUUCCUUCCCAAGGUGCCUCAUCAGCUGGACGAGAUGUUGAAAAUGAUGAACGAAACCCAUAUUCAGAAGAUCUUCAAGAUGAUUCGCCGGGAUCACAACCCAGUCAAAAUUCAUCUGAAAGUGCCUCGAUUUACGAUCAAGAGCUCCGUUUCGCUGGUUGAACCAUUGAAGAAGCUCGGCAUUCAGAAAAUCUUCGAGGAAGACAACUCUCUGUCCAAACUGUUCAAAACACCCACCCGGGUCGGGGACGUCAAGCAGGAUGCAUUCCUCAGUGUCGAUGAAGCAGGUACCACUGCUACCGCCGUCAGCAGAGUGACAAUCAUCCCUCUCAGCUUGAACUCGUACGAGGACAUAUACUUCGAAUGCAAUGAACCGUUCAUGGUGAUGGUGGUCGACAAGACGCGAGAGAUUCCUUUGUUUAUGGCUAAGAUUAGACAGCCAGAGAAGACGAAGCAUUAGAUGCGUGGGAGAAUGGAGCACCGAGGUCUCUUUCUGUCCCUCUGAACUCAAUUAUACUAUCA